AUGCGCUGCUGUUGCGUUCCGUUCUGCACUUCUAGCCAGCGAAAGAAAGAAGCAGGAGUGUCAUUUCACGAGAUACCAGCGAACACUGAGCUACGUGAACGAUGGCUACGAGUUAUCGCAAGAAAGAACUGGGUGCCGAAUUCCACCUCAAAUUACUCGGCCGUGUGCAGCCUACAUUUUGUGGAAGCUGACUUUCGUGAAAAUACUAAGAGGCGUAUGCUAAAGCCCGAUGCGGUGCCUAGUGUGUUUCCUCAUUAUCCAUCGUACAUGAAGAACGAGCCACCUAAGGAGAGAAGUUGCAGCAGCAUACAGAAGAGAAAGCGUGAUUCUUCGACGGACACGUUGGCAAGCCUGCCAAGUCAAAAAAUCGAUUCCCGCCCUGCAUCGGCACCAGAAGUUCGCGCGGACACGCCUAAAGAAGUCACUGAGCCCAGUGGCUGGCAACAACCAGAAAGUGUUUCUUCAAGCGACAUCCAAGACUUGCCUUUUGUGACAGCGGCUAGUGACUACUGUCAGUCCGCAAACAUCCUUGAGCCACCAGAUGCGCAGCCAGCGGAAGAGGGUGCAGGCGCGCGUGCCUUGAGGUCACUUGGUGUUCAAGCCGACAGCAGGAGCACCGCAUCAGCCUUCUUGGAGCGAAAAAAAUGGCGGGAGAAGGAAAGAGCAUGGAAGCAACGAAAUGAAAGACUGCAGGCAACAGUCGAUGCCUACAAGAAGGAGCUGCAACAAUUGAAGGAAGAGCGCAACGUGAGCAAACUUCUUCAAGUCGCCAGGGACUCAGAUCAGGGCAGCACUAAAGCCAGAGUCAUUAUGGAUCAAGUGCUAAAUUACAAGGCGAAAAAACCGAAGUGGUGUGAAACCAUUAUACGACAGGGUAUAAUUUUGCGGAACCUCUCGACGUAG